AUGGCUUUGUUGAAGGACCUUCCAGAAUAUAAGACUGACUGUACAUUACUUGGGGAUGGAACAUGUUUUAGAAAGGAAAUCAGAGAUACAGUAAAAGCAAAGAGCUCAAGUGGAAGCAACAGGAUAAAAAAUGUAAAACUCAGGUUGGAUGUCGAUAUAACUGAACUUCACAGUUGGAUUACUCGCUCUGAAGCUGUAUUGCAGAGUCCUGAAUUUGCAAUCUAUCGCAAAGAGGGCAAUUUUUCAGACCUUAAAGAAAAAGUCAAUGCCAUAGAGCGAGAAAAAGCCGAGAAGUUCAGAAAACUGCAAGAUGCCAGCAGAUCAGCUCAGGCCCUGGUGGAACAGAUGGUGAAUGAGGGUAUUAACGCUGACAGCAUCAAACAAGCCUCAGAACAACUGAACAGCCGGUGGAUCGAGUUCUGCCAGUUGCUAAGUGAGAGACUUAACUGGCUGGAGUACCAGAACAACAUCAUCACUUUCUAUAAUCAGCUACAACAAUUGGAGCAGAUGACAACUACUGCUGAAAACUGGUUGAAAACCCAACCCACUGCCACAUCAGAUCCAACAGCAAUUAAAAGCCAGUUAAAAAUUUGUAAGGAUGAAGUCAACCGGUUGUCAGCACUUCAGCCUCAAAUUGAGCGAUUAAAAAUUCAGAGUGUAGCCCUGAAAGAGAAAGGACAAGGGCCAAUGUUCCUGGAUGCAGACUUUGUUGCCUUUACAAACCAUUUUAACCAAGUGUUUGUUGAUGUGCAGGCCAAAGAGAAAGAACUACAGACAAUUUUUGACACUUUGCCACCCAUACGCUAUCAGGAAACAAUGAGUACCAUCCGAACAUGGAUCCAGCAGUCAGAAACCAAACUCUCCAUACAUCAGCUCAGCGUCACUGAUUACGAAAUCAUGGAGCAGAGACUCGAGGAGUUGCAGGCUUUACAAAGUUCUCUGCAAGAGCAAGAAAGUGGCCUCAACUAUCUCAGCACCACUGUGAAAGAGAUGUCAAAGAAAGCACCCUCUGAAAUUAGCCGAAAAUAUCAAUCAGAAUUUGAAGAGAUGGAGGGACGUUGGAAGAAGCUUUCCUCUCAGCUGGUGGAACAUUGUCAAAAGCUAGAUGACCAAAUGAAUAAACUGCGCAAAAUCCAGGUAAUUUUAUUUGAUUUACUUUCUAAUCAUAUAAAAACCCUGAGGAAAUGGAUGGCUGAAGUUGAUGUUUUCCUGAAGGAGGAAUGGCCUGCCCUUGGGGAUUCAGAAAUUCUAAAAAAACAGCUGAAACAGUGCAGACUUUUAGUCAAUGAUAUUCAAACAAUUCAGCCCAGUCUGAACAGUGUCAAUGAAGGUGGGCAGAAAAUAAAGCAUGAGGCGGAGCCAGAGUUUGCAUCCAGGCUUGAAGCAGAACUCAGAGAACUCAACGCUCAAUGGGAUUAUGUGUGUCAGCAGGUCUAUGACAGAAAGGAAGCCUUAAAGGGAGGUUUGGAUAAAACCAUAAGCCUUCAAAAAGAUCUGUCAGAGAUGCAUGAGUGGAUGACACAAGCUGAAGAAGAAUAUCUAGAGAGAGAUUUUGAAUACAAAACACCAGAUGAAUUACAGACCGCAGUUGAAGAGAUGAAGAGAGCUAAAGAAGAGGCCCAGCAGAAAGAAACGAAAGUGAAACUCCUUACUGAGUCUGUAAAUAGUGUAAUUGCUCAAGCUCCACCUGUAGCACAAGAGGCCUUAAAAAAGGAACUGGAUACUCUAACCACCAACUACCAGUGGCUCUGCACCAGGCUGAAUGGGAAAUGCAAGACUUUGGAAGAAGUUUGGGCGUGUUGGCAUGAGUUACUGUCAUAUUUGGAGAAGGCAAACAAAUGGCUAAAUGAAGUAGAAUUGAAGCUUAAAACCACUGAAAAUGUUCCUGGUGGAGCUGAGGAAAUCUCUGAGGUGCUAGAUUCACUUGAAAAUUUGAUGCAACAUUCAGAAGAUAACCCGAAUCAGAUUCGCAUAUUGGCACAGACCCUAACAGAUGGUGGAGUCAUGGAUGAACUGAUCAAUGAGGAACUUGAGACAUUUAAUUCUCGUUGGAGAGAACUACACGAAGAGGCCGUGAGGAGACAAAAGUUGCUUGAACAGAGUAUCCAGUCUGCCCAGGAGAUCGAAAAAUCCUUACACUUAAUUCAGGAGUCCCUUGAAGUCAUUGACAAGCAGUUGGCAGCUUAUAUUGCCGACAAAGUGGACGCAGCUCAAAUGCCUCAGGAAGCCCAGUGUGAAAAACAAUCACAAACAAGAGUUGCAGAAGAUUUAACAUUAGCAACACGUCAUUGGCUGUUCUUGGAAAAAACACACAGAGUUAUUUCCUCACAGGGUGCAGGAUAA